UACUCUCACCUCGUCAAUUCACCCGACCGGCUUACAGUCUCAUUCACAUUCUUCCUCUGCCAUAUAUAUUGUUCAAAAGGAACGUUGAUCAUGUCAGACAACCAAGAGCGCCAACAGAUACCAAGUCCCAGUGAGCAUACUAGCGAUCAUUCUCAGAGAUUGCCCGAGCCGGAACUGGCCCUCGGUCCCAGCCAAGAAUUAGAGUCAAAAGAGGACCUCCGGCAUACAGAAGCUACCAGCGCUCCCGGGGAGCCCCAGUACGCCACCGGAUUACGGCUCUGGCUUGCCGUCUUGGCUUUGUGUCUCGGGAUAUUUGUUGCCACCUUGGACAGUACAAUAGUGGCUACUGCCAUUCCUUAUAUUACAGAUCAAUUUAAUUCUCUCAAUGAUGUCGGCUGGUACGCUAGUAUCUAUCCGAUGGCCAUCUGCAUGACCCAACUCCCCUAUGGCAAGCUGAUGGCACGCUAUUCUAUUCGUUGGCUUUAUACCUCGGCGAUGGUACUCUUCUUGGCAGGGUCUGCUGUUUGUGGCGCUGCCCCAACAUCAAAUGCUCUCAUCGGGGGCCGUGCUAUCUCUGGUCUCGGCUCCUCUGGUAUAAUGAUUGGGGCAUUCUCUCUUGUCCCAUUCAUCGCCCCCACUGCAAAACGGCCUAUGAUUCUCGGCUUGAUCGGCGCUUGUCGAGGGCUGGCCCUUACGGCCGGGCCACUCAUUGGCGGUGCCCUCACGGAGCGUGUCUCGUGGAGAUGGUGUUUCUAUAUAAAUCUACCGCUGGGUGCUGUUAUUUACACCAUAUUCAUUUUUACAGUCCAUCCAAAGAGAGGGCAGGUGGAGGGCUUCACCUCUUGGUCUGAUCUCUUCGAGACCCUUGAUCUUCUCGGGCUGGUGGUACUCGCGGCGUCGGUAGUCAGUCUGUUGAUUGCACUUCAGUGGGGCGGAACCGAGUAUGAAUGGUCAAACGGCCGAAUUGUUGCUUUGUUGGUUGUCUUCGGUGUCUUAGGCUUGGCCUUCAUUGGCAUCGAAAUAUGGCAGAAGAACAAAGCCAUGCUUCCAGCGCGUGUGUUCACUCAACGCACAGUCCUUUGCUCUUCAUUCUUUUCUUUUGCAACAGCUGGGGCUAUAUUUGUGCUGACAACCUAUUUCCCCAUAUGGCUCCAAUCCGUGAAGGAAAAGUCGCCGCUCUUGUCAGGUGUUGCAACUCUUCCCUGGGUUAUCACAAGCACAAUUGUGUCCCUCAUGGGCGGCCUUUUAGUAUCCAAGUUUGGUUACGCUGAUAUCUUCAUGAUCGUUGGUGCGGUCUUUGGCUGCGUGGGAUCUGGCAUUUUCACUACAUUUCAUGUGGGGACAAGCCAGCCCCGGUGGAUUGGCUACCAGAUAGUCUACGCCGUUGGGUCAAGCUUAGCUACUUUGACCCCGAUGAUGGUCGCGCAGAGCGUUCUUCCGCUAGCUGACAUCCCGAUUGGUACUGGCAUGGUCAUGUUUUUUCAAAUCUUCGGAGGUGCGAUAUUCGUCUCGGUUGGGCAGUGCCUCUUUACAAACAAUCUUCAAUCCGGCCUUCUCAAUCUCAACGUCACCGGCUUUGACCCCAGCACUGUCUCAAGUGGUGGCGUAACAACAAUUACGAAAGGCUUGUCCGGGGACACAAAGGUCAAGGUCCUAGGUGUAAUCAGCGAUUCUCUGACACAAUCCUGGCUCCUUGCUGUCGUUUUGAGUUGUGUUUCGGUUAUCGGUGCUCUAGGUGUGGAGCACCGUAAAAAAAAACAGGGACCUCGGCGUGAUCGCUCCGGGGCUCUACUUGAGAAGCUUUUGGGCUGA